AUGCUUCAGCUUCUCACUUGCGAUGGCGACGGCGACGAGGCGUUUAGCUCCAAAGCAUGCUUCGCAGUUCUGGUUCUGGUAGACCAUGCACCAUACAUAUCCCUUUCUCCAUCGUUCCAAGCUCGAACGGCUGAGGAGCUCUCGGAACUCGUUGAAAACCCCCGGCUAAAUCCCAUCAUCGUGAUCGGUCGGCUGACGAUGAGUGGCUUUAAUUGGACGUUUGGUGAUAGAGAUAGCCUGCCUUGCGACUGGGUUCUACGGCCAACUUCUACUCCUACGGCCAACUUCUACUCCUACGACCAGCUUCUCAUACGACCGCCUCCUACGACCGCCUUCUCCGACUGCCUACUAGCUUCUACGACCAGCUUCUACGACCAGCUAGCUUACACAACCGCAUUCUCCGACUAG